CUCGCUUCACCUUCUCUCCCUGUUCUGGCCAGCGAAACCCAUUUUUGCAGCUGUUGCGGAUAGAAAAAGCUGGAAAAACGAGAAGAAUGGAUUGGAUCGACUCUAACUUGCGCCGGUGGUUGGUUGAGCACCCAAAGGUGAGCAAAUUCGAGUGGAAAGAAGGCCAGACAUGGGGCGCCUCUUCUCAGUUUCUCGCCUCAACAGUCCUCAUCUACCUCUCCCUCACCGCUCUCCUCCACCUCAAAUCAACGUCCGUAACCUCCUCCACGUCACCCACCCUUCCCUUCCUCCGCCUCAUUUCUGCCGUCCACAACCUCAUCCUCCUUAACCUUUCCCUCAUCAUGGCCGUCGGAUGCACCCUCUCCACCGUCUCUCAAAUGGAUAAUAUCCGUUGGAUCUUCUGCUUCCCUACUAACACCCCACCAAGUGGACCAAUCUUCUUCUGGGCCUACGUUUUCUACCUCUCGAAGAUCCUUGAAUUCAUCGACACCAUCCUUAUCCUCCUAUCACCUUCAACAAACAGACGGCUUACAUUCCUCCACGUGUACCAUCAUGCGGUGGUGGUGGUGAUGUGUUAUCUCUGGCUCCACACCUCGCAGUCUCUCGUCCCUGUGGCGCUCGUCACGAACGCUUCUGUGCAUACAGUGAUGUAUGGUUAUUAUAUGCUGUGUUCACUUGGCAGACGACCGAGAUGGAAGAGAUUGGUAACAGAUUUUCAGAUCUUUCAAUUCGUGUUCAGUUUUGGGAUUUCAAUGGUGAUGCUUUGGUUCCAUUUUAAUGGAUUUGGGUGUUCUGGGAUUUGGGGAUGGUGCUUUAAUGCUGUGUUUAAUGCUUCUUUGUUAGCUCUUUUUGUUGAUUUUCAUUCUAAGAAUUAUGCCGGAAGAAGAAGAAAGGUUGAGAACAUGGACAAAAAAUCCUGAUUCUUGAAUCUC